AACCUGGGAACGGUCACAUUCAGCUCACAACAGCACAGGGUUUUCCGCCGUAGACGGAGGCCUCGCAGCUCGCUGGCCCGCCUCCUCAGUGACGUCACAGAGAGCUGCCAGUCGUGGCUGGGUGAGAAAGUCUUCAGAGGCGUCUUCGGGACGGGACCAAACCAGAACCGGGACCAGGACCGAGAAGACGAGCGAGGUCCCGACUGGGCCACGAGCAGCCAGCAGGUCCUGGGGCCGGACGAGUCCUCCUGGGUCGGGUUGGGCAGCACCGAGCUGGAAGAGAGCCGCGGCUUCACUUACGACCCGACAGAGAUCCAAUCCUGUCCCGACAAAGUGUCUCCGCCCCCGAGGCUGCUCAUCCAGGAGGAGAUUUGCUCUGAGAUCUGUCAAUCAAAGGAGCAGUUCACCCAGUCAUUGGGUGGACUGUCAGAGGUCCCGCCCACUUCUGCUCUUUUCACCAAUGCCUGCUGCUGUCAGGCGUCACCUGAGCACGCGGGGUUAACGAUGAAGGCCUUUCUCCUCCUCCUCUUCUCCGUCUUCAUCUUCUCAACUCUUUACUCGAGGUGUUUGUGGUGGAGCGCGACUGUUACUUCAACUGUGUUCAUGACGAUCACAACUUUUAUGUUCCUGACGAAGUCGGGGCCGAUGGGCGAGUGGAGGAGGGCGAAGACGGAGGACAUCACAUCCAGAAAUGAGUAAACCAAGAAACGGAAGAUAACUUCAAACUGGAGGAGAGAAGGAGGAGAAAGUCUGAUGGAAACUCUGUCAAAAUAUUUAUCCUUUCACUAAAUGUUUGCAUGUGAGUUGCUCUUAAAAGACCAAGUUAUUCUGAGCUCCGGAAAACAUUUCAUAGCAACAACUGUUUGACUGUGAAACCUAAGAUGAGACGUUUCUGAUUGUAAAUCAUUGUGAAUCUGAAGAGACGCGUUUUUUACUCUGAAAAUGAAACAAAAACUUUUAGAUUUAAGCUUUAAAUUUAAAAGAAAAACGCUGGAAAAAUCCGUGUGAAGUUGUUUCGUAUUUGAUAUCACGUUCUCCCUGAAGGUCUCUGAAUAUUAAAGUCAUGUGGACGACGGAGAAAAAUCCAAUUGAACAUGAAACUCUAAAAAAUUGGGAACGAUGAUCUGAGAGAAGCUGAAUCAGUUUGACAGUUUGUUUCUGAUGAAAUGAUGAAGGAACUCGAUCAACAUGGCGACACGAGUCACUGUAGUUUAGAUCGGAGAUAAAUAAUAAUCAUCCGGAUGUCACUGAUGUAUUUUAAACAGACUGUAAACACGUAUUCUGUUGAUCUUAGAUGAAAUUGUU